AAUAACUUUCAAGUUUCACUUUAAAGUUCUAGAAUAUCAGAUUAGAGGUCUGUGACCUCUUACACUUGUAUACUUAGUCAGUCUUUAUGCAACCACCAAAAGGAAACAAUCUAAAUCCUUAUCUUGCCCGACAUAAAUCAAAGACCCACCAAAGAUCCACCAAAGUAAGAAAUAUUUUUAAAAAUAAAUAAUCAUUACUAGCAUUUUUAUAAUACAAAAAAAAAAAUUUACAAGGAUCAAGUACACGCAACUUGUUUGUGUACAUGGGAAUUCCAGCGUAUAUGACGUAAUGCACGUAAUUGUCCGGUGUACAUAUAUUAGGAGUAUAUGUAAGAUAAGACGUGGAAUUCGAAGUGCAAGUACUUACGGUACUUUUUUUGUUUCUUCACUUAGGUGGUUAUGAAUAAAGAUCCACCGAUGAAUUGAAAAAAUAUUUCAAUGGAUUUUGAAAAAUUUGUAGACAAUAUUUUCAGUGCUAUAAUUCAUGUUAAAUUUUGGAAAAAAAAUUCAUCUUUAACGUUGAGUAAAAAUAUAAUAAACAUUUUUCUAAAUAUAGUUUUGUUAACUUUGACCUCGUUGCUUGUUAUAUCGGAAACUAUUGAUAUAUCUAACAGCUAUGACUUGACAAGUUUCGCGGGUCAUUUGAAUCCAAUGUUAUUUCAUUCGGUUGGAUUAUUCAAAUGGAUUUGUAUAAUUAUAAAAAUGAAUGACAUUGAAGAUAUUCUGUUAAGAAUGAAACGUUGUCACAGAAUUUGUCUCAAAUAUAAUGAAAAUGGGAAAGAGCUUUAUCAAUACAAUCUACAAAUAAUGAAUUUUCAACAUAAAACGAUAAAAUUUUCCCAAAUAUGGUUUUUUAUUUGUUUAUCGGGUGUAAUACAAUGGUGUAUUAAUCCUAUUGUAUACGAUUAUUACAAUGUUUAUAUUUUAAAAAUUGUAAACACAAAUUAUACCCGAAAUUUACCGUAUCCAGGAGUUUACCCAUGGAUUAUUGACAGUAAUUACAAAUAUAUAAUGACAUUUGCUUUUCAGUUAACUAGCGCAAUUAUGAGUUCCCUUGAAAUUGCAUUCAGCGAUAUACUAAAUGUUUUUUUCUUGUAUAAUAUAUCGUUCAAUAUUCAAUUGUUGAAUGAUACUUUAAUUAAAGAGAAAGAUGUUUUAUUAUCUCUAAGAUUUUCUAAUAGUGAUUUAGCAAUAAAAAAAUUUAAGAAGAAAUUAAAGAACUGCCUUAUACAUCAUCAAGAGAUUUUAGAGUUUGUUGAUAAAUUAAAAAAUGUAUCCAGUUAUCCAAUAUUUCUAUUAUGUCUUGACAGUACAGUGGCUCUGUGCUUGAUUUCAUUAGAAGUGUCAACAAUUGAAAUCAAUUCAAGUAUCGAAUGUAUAAUGAAGUUGAUGAGUAUGGCAGAAUACUGGUCAGGAGUUACUGUUGAAUUAUUCUUAUAUUCAUUCAUUGCAACGAAAAUUGAAGAACUGGGAUUGAAAACUGCAGAUGCAAUAUAUUCAUGCAAUUGGGAGCAAUCGAUGGUUAAUCACAAGGGUAAAUUUAGUGGUCAACACCGACAAAUAACAGUUGAAAUAAAUCAAAUGAUAAACUUUAGUUUAAUGCGUGCCCAAAAACCGAUUCUUUUCAACGGAGGACUAUUUUAUAUACUAUCUUUACAAACUUUCAAGGCAAUUACCGGUUUUGCAUUGUCAAAUGCUGUAGUACUACGUCAACUUUCCGGAGAAACAUAGAAUUUAUUUUUGUACAAAGAAAAAAAGGAAUCCUUGAGUCAAGAAGAUAGUCAUUUCCAAGAAUAAUUUCUUAAAUUAAAAUAUCCUAUUUCCUUGUUUAAAAAAAUUUUCUCUGGGUAAAAAUGUUUAUCUUCUUAAAUUAAAUUUCUCCGAAUAAGAAAACAGCUUAGUUGGCUCAAGAAAAUCAAGCUCUUGGUUUCAGAAGAUACUCACUUCUUCUGAAAACAUCGCUCUCUCGAAUUUAGUCAAUAUCGAUUUAUUUCAAUACAUCAAGUUUUUAAUCGAAGCAAGAUUUAACAUACUGCAAGUAAAAAUUAAUUCAUUUCAAGAUUUGACAACAUUUAGUACAAAAUGAAUGUAGACUUAUCUCAAAACGAUUAAUUUUAGAUUGAAAGAAUAAAAAACUCAUUUUAAAAUUAAAUUACGUUAAUGUAAAGCAAAAAACACUUUUAUUUUAAAAUACAUUAAAUCAGUUCAGUUUUGAAUUGAUUUUUUUUUAUGUAACUCAUGCCGAGGAGUACGCCGUUAGUAGGCUA